AUGGUUGGUGAACGCGGCGACGCGAUCGCGCUGCCGUACGCGCACAUGGCCGAGAACACGCACGCGAACAACACCGUUACGAGCACCCUCGAUUCCCUGCCGCGGGAGCUGCAGGAGGUCGCGCUGGACUACGCCGACGUCUACGACCUCGGCGGCGCCGCCGUCGCCUGCCGGGACCUGCGCGAGGUCGUCGAGGACGUGCUCCCGCACCGCGCGCGCGAGUCGCGCGCGCGGCGCGGCGUCGCCGCCGGGACGUCGCACACGGUCGUCGUCGCGCACGACGGCACGCUCCGGGCCUGCGGCACGGACCCGACGCGGCGCGGCUUCCUGGGCCAGGGCCCCGUCUUCCGCGUGCACCGGCCCGCGCGCGUGCCCGCGGGGGGCCUGCGGUUCAUCUCCGUGGCGACGCACUCGUUCCACACGCUCGCGCUGACGGCGUCGGGCGAGGUCUACAGCUUCGGCCACGGCGGCUGCGGCCAGCUCGGCCACGGCGACCAGGAGUCGUCGGCGACGCCGCGGCGCGUCGACGCGCUCGCGGGCGCUUUUGUGGUGGCGGUGUCCUGCGGGCAGCAGCACUCGCUCGCUUUGACGGACCGCGGCGCGCCCUACGCCUUCGGGUCGGGCUUCGGGGGGAAGACGGGUUUGGGCGACCAGCGGUCCCGGUCGCUGCCGCGGCGCGUCGCGGGCAUCCCGGAGCCGGUCGCGGUGCUGACCGCGGGCGCGCACCACUCCCUCGCGGCGACGACGUCGGGCGCGGUCUACGCCUUCGGGUCCAACGUCCACCUCCAGCUGGGCCUGCCCGAGCGCGGCGACGCGUACGCGCCGCGGCGCGUCGACGCGCUCGACGGCCGCGUCGUGCAGCUCUCCGGCGGCGAGCACCACUCCCUGGCCGUCGACGCGGCCGGCGCGUGCUACUCCUGGGGCGCCGGCGAGGGGCGGGAAAGAACCUCCGUCAUGGUCGGCGGGUUCCUGGGCCACCGGUCGCUCGACGACGCCGCGCGGCCGCGGCGCGUCGAGGGCCUCGCGGGCGUCCGGGCCGUCGACUGCGCGGCCGGCGCGCUCCACUCGCUCGUGCUGAGCGCCGCCGGCGACGUCUACAGCUUCGGCCACGGCGGCGGCGGCCGCCUCGGCCACGGCGACUCCGCGAUGCGCUGGGUGCCCGAGCGCGUCGCCGCGCUCGCGGGCGUCGCCGCCAUCGCCGCGGGCGACGCGCACAGCGCCUGCGCGCUCCGCGACGGCGCGGUCUUCACCUGGGGCUGCGGCCGCGCGCUCGGCCUCCCGGCGGACGCCAUGACCCUCGUCGACCUGCCGGUUUCCUGGGCGAGCGCGGGCAACCACGAGUGGGCGCCGGGCGACGAGGACCGGCGCUGGGUCGCCGACGCGCCGACGCCGCUCCGCCUCGAGCCGCUUAGCGCCCUCUGGCUGCCCCUGGCCGUCGCAUCCAACUGCUCGCUCGCCGACGGCCCAUCGCUGCGGCUGGCGUCGCGCAUCGCGGCGGCGACGGCGGGCUGCGACGUCGUCGCGUACACGACGCUCGUCUACCCCGCCGGCGUGCGGUUCCCGCACCCGUCGACGCGGCUCGGGCCGGGCGCCGCCAACGGCACGGCGGGCGUGUGCUACGUGCUCGUCGCCGGCGCGGCGUCCGCGGCGUCGCUCCGCGAGCACUGCGACGUGGCGCCGUGGCGCGUCGUCGCGCUCGACGCGGACGCGGCCGGCCGCGGCGACCGCCGCGCGAGCCGCCGCGUGAAGCUGCUGCCGCUCGAGUUCUUCGCGAACGCGCGCUACCUCCUCUUCGUCGACUGGAAACUCGUGCUGAAGCAGCACCCGCUGGACCUCGUGCGGUCCGCGCUGGGCGGCGGUUUCGGCUUCGCGGCGUUCCGCCACCCGUGCACGGCGGCCUACACGCGGCCCCGCGUGAGCCCCUGCAGCGCCCGGCGGCCCGGCGAGGCCUGGUGGCGCACGGAGGCGCGCCUCGUCGAGGCGAAGACGGCCGACGUCGCCGCGCUGCGCGCGCAGGUCGCGCGCUACGAAACCGCCGGCGGCCUCGGCUACUACGCCGACGGCGCGGUGCUCCUCUGGGACGCGCACCACCCCGUCGCCGCGACGCUCUCCUGCGCCUGGUGGGCCGAGUACGACCGCGACGACUCCAGCGACCGCGACCAGCUCGCGUUCGCGCGCGCCGUCACGGCGGUCCUCCCGCCGCCGGCGUCCGAGGGCGCCCUCUUCGCGGCGUCGACGAAGGCCGAGGGCGUCUUCCUCAUCAGCGAGGGCGGCGGCGCGACCUGCGGCGACCUCUGCCACCAGUACGAGCGCGGCUCGCGGACCGUCGCGUCCGCGGGGGCCCGCGUCGCGCCGCCGGGCGCGCCGCGCGCGGCGGCCGUAAUCAUCGACGAGGGCACCGCGAUGGAGCCCGCGCGCGUCCGGGGCUACACGGCGCUCGCGCUCAUGCUCGUCACCUGGGUCGUGCAGUCGGAGAUCGUGCAGUCGAUCGAAGAGAAGGCGAACCGCCCCUUCCUCAUCACGUUUCUCAACCACGCGUCCAUGGCGCUCCUCGUACCGUUCCUGCCCAGCGGCGCCUUCGCGGCGCUCGUCGCGACCGCGGGCGCGUCGAAGCGGCGCGUCGCCGCCGUCGCCGCGGCCCUGAGCAUCGUCUACACGGCCGGCGAUUACUUGUGGUACGUCGCGCUGCCCUACACGUCCGUCGCCGAGGCCACGGUGCUCUUCCAGGCCCAGUCCGUCUUCGCCGUUUUUCUCGCCGCGGUCCUCCUGCGGGAGCGCCCGACGGUCGCGCGAGUGUUGGGCAUCGCCGUGUCGCUCGGCGGCGUCUCGCUCGUCGCGUGCGACGGCUCGUCCGCCGCGGGCGGCCGGCGCUUCCUCGGGGACAUGCUCGUCGUCGGCGGCGCGGCGUCCUACGCGGCCUACGAGGUCUGCUUCGCGCGCUGGCUCGGCGACGCGGCCGGGCCCGUCGUCAACGCCGCGACGGCGCUCGUCGGCGUCGCGUCGCUCGCGACGACGUGGCCCCUCUUCUUCGUCCUGGACGCCGCGGGCCUCGAGCCCUACGCCGCGCCCGUGCCGCGCGACCUCUGGCCCUGGAUCGCGCUGAACGCGGCGCUCGCGCUCGUCUUCAACGCGUCGAUCAUGGUCGCCGUCGUGGCGCUGUCGCCCGUGACCGCGAGCUGCGCGACGAUGCUCACGAUCCCGCUGUCGGCGCUCUGCGACCGGGCGCUCAAGGGGUCGCGCCUGGCGCCCGCGGCCUGGGGCGGCGCGGCCCUCGUCGUCGCCGGCUUCCUCGCGACGGAGCUCCCGUCGGCGCGCCGCGAGAAGGGCGACGACGACGCCGCGCAGCCCCACUACGACGCCAUCGCGCCCGAGGUCCUCAUGUCCAUGUUCGGCAUGUCCAAGCCCGUCGGCCCAUUAAAGCUCUACUACUUCCCCAUCGCGGGCCGCGGCGAGCUCAUCAAGCUCAUUGCCGCGUGCGGCAAGCUCGAGCUCGUCGAGGGCGGCGCGGAGCUGACGGCGGAGCAGAAGCUCGCGUUCGGCAGCCCGGGCUCCGUGCCCGUCCUCGAGCACGGCGACUUCAAGCUCGCGCAGUCGAACGCCAUCGAGUGCUACGUCGCGGGCCUCGUGCCCAAGUUCGCGGCGCUGUCGGCGCAGCAGAAGGCCACGGACCAGAUGUUCGCGCUCAUCAAGGAGGACAUGGUCGCUGCCUGCGCCAAGGAGGCCUUCGGCGGCAAGGACCCGGCCGUCAUCACCGCCGCCCUCGACAAGUGGCUCGCGGUGCUGGAAUCGAAGAUCCCGGCCUCGGGCUUCGUCCUCGGCCUCGCCUACCCCACGGUGGCGGACCUCGCGGUCUACAACAUCUGCACGGGCUACAUGCCCUUCGGGGGCUGCUACAAGCUGGCGAGCUACGACGUCGCGGCGAAGUUCCCCAAGGUCGCCGCGCUCGCGGCGCUCGUGAAGGCCCACGAGUGCCUCAAGGACUACACGUCUUCGACGGAGGCCGUCGCCGCCUUCGGCCUCUAG